UAAAACAAACGGCAAACACACCUACGCGUUUGGGCGUGUCUUACUUAGUCUAGUGUUAACAGAAAAUCUUUUUGAUAAGCCUGAAGCAAUCCUACGUGAAGGUUUCUAGUUUUCCUCGGUUUGCAAACGUACUAAGGGUACAUUUUCACGAUGAAUAACCGGCUUGUAGGAGGUUUGGCCAGCUCAGGUAUUGGCUUGCUGUUGUAUAUCGUGGGGAUAGCGACAACAGCUUGGCUGUCGAACGCAGGAGCGGAGAGCGGGUUGUGGCAGACUUGUACUAAGGGCGCCAUCCGGAUUUGCGCCUCGUACGAUAUUGACUCGUUGAACGGCGCCUACCACGCCUGUCGUUUCUUCGCGGUUGUGGGCGCCCUGCUGCUGGUGGUGGGUAUCCUGGCCGGGGUGGUACACGCCGUCAAACACAGCCUCUUUACCCGGGUCAACAAGAAGAGAACUGCCGGUGGGCUCAUCGCAGUAGCAGGUGUAUGUGGUCUCAUCUGCGCUGCCACCUUUACCGGCUACUACGAGAACAACUCGGUCGGCAGUGUUCCCUACGGCUACUCCUUCUACCUGACCUGGAUCCAGGGCCUCUUCACCAUCGGCGGGGGGGUCGCCUGCUUCAUAGCAUAGUGCCCGGAUGUAGACGUCAUCACACAAGUACCAGGAUGUGGACGUCAUCCUAAAAGUACCCGGAUGUAGACGCCAUUGUUGAAAAAGUUGCUACUAUUGUUGGUUUUCAGUAUCUGGCUAAUUAUGCUGUUAGUUAUUUUGUGAUAACGAUCUUUGUUUACCAAAACUGCAAUUAUGAAUAGUGUUAAACCAAAUAAACUGUGACACUUGAGGUAUUGGCCAGAAACGUGUUAAGGUAGCCUAGCUUACAAAAGAAGACUGUUACUAUUAGUAUUUUAUACAUCAAGCAUAUAUACCGUUGCAUAAAGCUUUUUUUUUCAACAAUCA